AUGUUUAGAACAGCUUUGAGGAACAAUUUGAGAGCCUAUUCGGCUCCAGUGAAGAAAUUCGUCGUUAAGCAACCUCAAAAAUCCCGAAAUUGGCUUCUAUGGGCAACUUUUGGAACAAGUUUUGGACUCGGAUGGCUAGUCACUCAACAUAUGACUUUUGCAGAUAUACUGGCAAAAUACAUGUAUGAUAACGUUCCUGAGAAUGACGAAGGUCUUCUGAAAUAUAAGGCACAAUUGCAGAGUCGGCUGGAACAUUUGAACGUCGUCAAGCAAUUGAAGCAGGUGGGAUAUACGGAAGUGUUCUCCGAGAGACAGAAGACCAAUACACUGAUAGACCGUACUUUAAGUGUACCUGGGGGCAUAGGCAUACCGCCACGGUUUUUUUAUAAUCCUGAAACUCGGGAAACAGUGGGUAUCUAUCAUCUGGGCAUGAAACUCACCGGAUAUCCCUUUUUAGUGCAUGGUGGAGUAUUGGCUACUGUGAUGGAAGAUUUGAUGCGGGAGGCUGUGACAUUUGCAAAGGGUGUACGUUCUGAGAAAACCCAGGAUCUUACACUCAAUUACAAGUUCCCUACUUUUGCAAACCAGUUUGUCAUUGUCCGGAUCACCAAAGUGGAAGAAAAUGGUAAAAACUUGAAACUCCAUGCAGAGCUCAUGGAUCAGAGCGGUGACCGCACUCUGGUGAAAGGAGUUGGCCGGUUCUCCACAUGA